AGCGCCUCGGGCUUAUAUAGAGCGCUCCCCGCCUGCUUGCCUUUGGUCUGCACAGCCAGAGCACCAACUGCAACCUCUGCAACCUUUUAAGCCUGCCGACCCCUCCGUGCGGGGUAUUCGAACGCAACCUACCACCGAAUUUUCAAGUAGAGAACAGCAAACAACACCGCCAAAAUGGUCAACUUCACGGUCGAAGAGAUACGUGCCUUGAUGGACAGCGCGGCCAACAUCCGCAACAUGUCCGUCAUUGCCCACGUCGACCACGGCAAGUCCACCCUCACCGACUCCCUCGUGCAGCGAGCCGGUAUCAUCUCUGCGGCGAAAGCUGGAGAAGCGCGGUUUACGGAUACGCGACCGGACGAGCAGGAGCGUGGUGUGACGAUCAAGUCCACCGCCAUCUCCCUGUAUGCCACCCUGUCCGACCCGGAGGACCUCAAGGACAUCCCCGUCAAGGUCGAGAAGAACGACUUCUUGAUCAACCUCAUCGACUCGCCCGGACACGUUGACUUCUCGUCCGAGGUCACGGCCGCCCUCCGUGUCACCGAUGGUGCGCUCGUCGUCGUCGACACCGUAGAAGGUGUCUGCGUCCAGACCGAGACUGUGCUGCGACAGGCUCUUGGUGAGCGUAUCAAACCCGUCGUCAUCAUCAACAAGGUCGAUCGUGCGCUGCUCGAGCUGCAGGUUACAAAGGAGGACCUGUACCAGAACUUCUCGCGUGUCAUUGAAUCCGUCAACGUCGUCAUUGCCACCUACUUCGACAAGGCCCUCGGUGAUGUCCAGGUCUACCCCUACCAGGGUACCAUUGCCUUCGGCUCUGGUCUACACGGCUGGGCCUUCACUGUCCGCCAGUUUGCUGCCCGAUACGCAAAGAAGUUCGGUGUCGACAAGAACAAGAUGAUGGAGCGUCUCUGGGGCGACAACUACUUCAACCCCAACACCAAGAAGUGGACCAAGACCGGCAAUCACGAGGGCAAGCCGCUUGAGCGUGCCUUUAACCAGUUCAUCCUUGAUCCCAUCUUCCGCAUCUUCGGCGCAGUGAUGAACUUCAAGACUGAGGAGAUCCCGACUCUGCUCGAGAAGCUUGAGAUCAAGCUUACCAGCUCGGAGAAGGACCUCGAGGGCAAGCAGCUCCUCAAGGUUGUCAUGCGCAAGUUCCUUCCAGCUGCCGACGCCCUUCUGGAGAUGAUGAUUCUCCACCUGCCGUCUCCCAUCACCGCCCAGAAGUACCGUAUGGAGACUCUCUACGAGGGUCCCCACGACGAUGAGAACGCCAUUGGUAUCCGUGACUGCGAUCCCAAGGGCCCGCUCAUGUUGUACGUCUCCAAGAUGGUGCCGACCUCCGACAAGGGUCGAUUCUAUGCCUUCGGUCGUGUCUUCUCUGGUACCGUUCGCUCCGGUCUUAAGGUCCGCAUUCAAGGCCCCAACUACAUCCCCGGAAAGAAGGAAGACUUGUUCGUCAAGGCCGUUCAGCGUACCGUUCUCAUGAUGGGUCGUUCCGUCGAGCCCAUUGAGGAUGUGCCGGCUGGUAACAUUCUUGGUCUCGUCGGUAUCGACCAGUUCUUGCUCAAGUCUGGUACACUUACCACGAACGAGAAUGCGCACAACUUGAAAGUCAUGAAGUUCUCCGUGUCCCCCGUCGUGCAGCGUUCCGUUGAGGUCAAGAACGCCCAGGAUCUGCCCAAGCUGGUCGAAGGUCUUAAGCGUCUCUCCAAGUCUGAUCCAUGCGUCCUGUGCUCCAUCAACGAGUCGGGAGAGCACAUCGUCGCCGGUGCUGGUGAGUUGCACCUCGAGAUUUGCUUGAAGGACUUGGAAGAGGACCACGCUGGUGUGGCACUCCGAUUCUCCGAUCCUGUCGUCCAGUACCGUGAGACGGUUGGCGCCCCCUCGCGCAUGACUGCGCUGUCCAAGUCGCCCAACAAGCACAACCGUCUGUACGUCACUGCGCAGCCUUUGGAUGAGGAGGUUUCCGUGGCUAUCGAGCAGGGCAAGAUCGGCCCUAGGGACGAUUUCAAGUCUCGUGCCCGUCUGCUUGCCGAUGAGCACGGCUGGGACGUCACCGAUGCCCGUAAGAUUUGGUGCUUCGGUCCCGACACUACUGGCGCCAAUCUGCUCGUCGACCAGACCAAGGCCGUCCAGUACCUGAACGAAAUCAAGGACUCUGUCGUCUCUGGUUUCCAGUGGGCUACCAAGGAAGGCCCGGUUGCUGAGGAGCCGAUGCGAUCGGUCCGCUUCAAUAUCAUGGAUGUUACCCUCCACGCCGAUGCUAUCCACCGUGGUGGCGGUCAGAUCAUUCCUACUGCUCGUCGUGUGUUCUACGCCGCUACUCUGCUUGCAGAGCCGAGCCUGCAGGAGCCUGUCUACCUCGUCGAAAUCCAGGUGCCCGAGCAGGCUAUGGGUGGUAUCUACGGUGUGCUUACCCGGAGGAGAGGCCAUGUCUUCGAGGAGAACCAGCGUGUCGGAACCCCGCUCUUCAACGUCAAGGCCUACCUUCCCGUCAACGAGUCCUUCGGUUUCACUGCUGAUCUUCGUUCCAACACUGCCGGCCAGGCCUUCCCUCAGAUGGUGUUCGACCACUGGCAGAUCCUUCAGGGUGGCUCACCGCUUGACUCAUCGACACUGCCGGGUAAAAUCGUCUCCACGAUGCGAAAGCGGAAGGGUAUCAAGGUUGAGGUGCCGGAUUUUAGCAACUACUAUGACAAGCUAUAGAGGAAAGGUAUCCAAAAUCGUUAGAUUUCCUUUACUCUCGACCUUGGUGCGGCGGUCUUGGGCCUGCUCGCGAUAGCUGGUCGCUGUAUAGCACGAAAAGUUCCAAUAUGGAGCAACCAGGCACGAAAACGUGGAUCCGAGCAGCUGGCUCUUGGGGUUGGACAUAAGACACGGUUAAUGACCCUUUCCCUAGCGUGCU